AAUAACAUUUCUAGACGUUUCUGUCGUAUUUGGAAACAAUGAAUUCAACGAUACUCAAUUUGUGGGUUUGUUCAUAAUUUUGUCUUUUGCGAUGUGAUGAUAGCAGGCAGCACAAAAUUAGUUUUUUACCCUUUCAUUAUCAACCCCAUCGAAUUUCUUGUUUUAGCUGUUAAUUGGAAGUUUCUUUACCUUUUCGUUUGAUGGUUCUUUCAUUUUUCUUUUAGUUUUUGCCUCCAUACAAUGUGAAUAGUGCAGCGUCGAAGACAAAUAUUUAAAUGAAUACAGAGUGACUCUUAUACCCUAAAGAUGCUGACUGAAAAUUGAGCAAGUUUACCUUCGAAACAAGACUUGAUUUUGGAUGAACAUCAAGUGUUUGAAUUAUGUCUCCAUUAGUUGAAGGCCAAUAUGAAGUUACUAUCAAUCUAUUAUUGUAUGACCAUCAAUCUUGUACGUGGGUUUGCUCAAAAUUUUUAUUUGUACUUGGAAACUUCUCUAUACCUUUAUCGUUUACCUUUUGUUUUGACUUGAUUGAUAUUUGGUAGACUUGACCAACUAAUAUAUUCCUGUAAUUGUUGACGUAGUAGCGUUCAGCUAAAUCAAAUGAAGCCAAAUAUGGCCUGCAAAAUAUAUGAUUUAUAAUCCAAUAUGUUGUUGAAUCAAUCUAUUUUUUAAUAUUAUGCCCUUAAGAUUCGGAGAAAUAUCAAUGUAAAUGUUCAAUUCCUUGGCCAAAGACGCGUAUUCUAACGGGGAAUGUAGAGAACCUUCACUGUUUCAUGGGGUUUGAAUUGUACCUUUUAAAACCUGAUAUAAAUGACCUCCCAAACUUCUUUCAAAACCAAGUAGUACGACGAAUCUGUUUUCGAAAUUCAUGAGCUUAAAGCAUUGCAUCGAAUAUCUUGGUUCAUCUCUGAAAAUGAAUGAGUUCUAUUAGAUUGCUUUUAAUCUUGUAUAUAUGGUAGUUUUCAAGUAUUGUACAUUAAGUUCUGAAGAGAAUGGACUUCUUGUUACUUCAAUUUUUGAUUUCCCUUCUCCUGCUUCCUAGUUUGGGUACUGAACAAAAUUCCACUGACAGCAUAAUUAAUUUUCAAGUUGGUGUAGUUCUUGAUUUGGAUUCACCAGUAGGGCGUAUAGGAAAGGACUGCCUGUACAAGGCUCGUUCUGAUUUUUAUUCAUUUCACAGGAACCAUACCACUAAGCUGGUUCUCCAUCUGCGGGAUUCAAAGGAAACAGUUAUUGAUGCUGCUGCUGCUGCUCUUGAUUUGCUGCAAAAUGUUAAAGUUGAUGCUAUCAUCGGUCCUCAAAAGUCUACACAGGCCAGCUUUGUGAUGGAUCUCGGAGAUAGAGCUAGUGUACCAAUCCUUUCUUUCUCUGCCACAAGUCCUUCUCUUAUUCCUCGAACUCGUUAUUUUGUUCAGACAGCUCAAAGUGAUGCUGAUCAGGUUAAGGCCAUUGCUUCCAUAGUUGAGGCCUUCAGCUGGAACCAGGUGGUCAUAAUUUAUGAAGACACAGAAUAUGGUAAUGGCAUUAUCUCUUAUCUGUCUAAUGCAUUGCAAGAUGUCAAUGCUCGAGUUUCAAAUAGAAGUGCAUUUCCAAAAUCUGCAACUGAUGAUUUUAUAUGCAAAGAACUAUACAAGAUGAUGACCAUGCGGACAAGAGUUUUUGUGGUGCACAUGUCACAACAUCUUGGUGCCAGGCUCUUUCUAAAAUCAAAAGAGUUGGGAAUGAUGAGUAAUGGCUAUGCUUGGAUCGUUACCAGUGGCCUGACAGAUCUAUUCAGUUUGAUGGAUGUAGAUGUUGUUGAAGCCAUGCAAGGUGUUUUGGGUGUAAAGCCUCUAAUCCCAAAACGUAAAGAACUUGACACCUUCCCUAGUAUAUGGAAUGCGAUGUCUCUUCAGGUUGAUGGCAGUAUCAAACCAACAGAAGUAAGUAUUUUUGGCCUUUGGGCAUAUGAUACCCUGUGGGCACUUGCUAUGGCAGCAGAAAGAAUUGGAAAUAAGCAUCUGAAGGCAAUAAAGAACGGUGUUGAUUCCAAUUCCGAAUUUCCAUUUUCUUUAGGAAUUUCUAAAGCAGGUCCCAAACUUCUUAAAGAAAUAUUACGAACAAGGUUCCAAGGACGAGCUGGGGUGUUCCAUCUUGCUGAUGGAGAACUAGUGCAGACACCUUAUCAAAUAGUAAAUAUUGUUGGAAAAAGAGAGAGACAGGUAGGAAUUUGGUCAUCUUCCUAUGGAAUUUCCAAGGAAGUGAUUCUGAACGUCACCACUUCUUACUCAACCUCAAAGGAAAAUUUUAGGAGUAUCAUUUGGCCAGGGAACUCUGUAAUAGCACCAAAGGGGUGGGAAUUUCCAGUUAAUGGCAAAAAGCUAAGAGUGGGAGUGUCAGAAAAAUCUGGUUUUAACGAAUUCCUGAAAGUGGUGAGGGUUCCUCAAAGUAAUGCUAUCAAUGUUAGUGGAUAUUUUAAAGAGGUGUUUGAUUCUGUAAUGGAAGCAUUACCAUAUUCUGUGCCAUAUGAGUACGUUCUUUAUCCAUUUGAAAAUUCUGGCGGUUCAAGUGCUGGGAGUUACGAUAAUUUUGUAUAUCAAGUUUCUUUGCAGGAGAAAUAUGAUGCUGCUUUGGGAGAUAUAACAAUUACUGCUAACCGAUCAAUCUAUGUCGACUUCACUUUUCCAUAUGCAGAAGGAGGAGUAGCUAGUGUUGUGCCAAUUAAAUAUGAUGAUAGAAAUGAUAAAUGGACGUUUUUGCAGCCCUUAACCAAAGAACUUUGGCUAAUGUCUGCUACAUUUUACAUUUUUACCGGUCUGUCAAUUUGGAUCCUUGGAAGAAGGAUUGAAACCGGUUGUCGGGAUUCUGCGGGUCAACAUGCUGGCAUGAUUUGUUGUUUUCCAUUCUUUCCUGGACAAGGAAUUGAAGGAAAUUUAAUUUGUCUAGUUUUGGUCACAUGGGCAUUUGUUGCAAAUUUGUUAAUCUCAACUUACACUGCUAGCUUGUCAUCAAGACUAACAGUACAGAGACUUCAACCAGGUUUCACCGAUGUGAUGAAACUUAUUAGGAGUGGAGACUACAUUGGUUGUCAAGAAGGAUCCUUUCUAGUUGAUUUCUUAAAAGGCUUAGGAUUUGAAGAAUCAAAAAUUAGGACAUAUAAAUCUACUCAUGAUUGCGAUGAAGCUUUGACAAAUGGAAGUAGUAAUGGAGGUAUAUCAGCAUAUUUUGAUGUUUUGCCUCACAUAAAUCUCUUCUUAUCUGAAUUUUGUGGCAAGUACAUGAUAGUUGGUCCUACCUAUCGUACGGGAGGAUUUGCUUUUGCUUUUCCUAAAGGCUUGCCUUUAGUUGCUGAUGUCUCUCGCGCCAUAAUUCAAUUGACCGAAAAUGGUACGAUUGUAGAAAUUGGUCAAAUGAAUUCUAGUAAUCCAGCAUGUGCAGGACCAGAAAGCGCUAUCACCUCAAACAGCAUGACAUUGCAAAGCUUUCAGGUGCUUUUUGCCAUCACAGGAUGUGUCACAAUAGCUUGCCUCCUUGUUUCAUUAAUCAUAUAUCUUUAUAAGAACAGAGGUUUUCUUCAAGGAGUCUCAAAUUUUAAUGUCAGUAUCUGGUCAGGAAUUCAUGCAUUAUGCAGAUACUUCGUGAAAAUCGACCUCUCAUCUCGUUCCAAGGCUGGACAUACAAAAAAUCAGAUUCAGAAAACUUGAAGAAGUUGGUUGAAAGCAGCUAUAAGCUUCAUCAAUUCCGUGCUACAAGAUGCAACGUAUAGUGUGAAUAUCAAAUGUUAAGUUUUUACUCAUACGUAAAGAACAAUCCAGUCAAUGUAUUUAAGAUAUGUUAAUUCUUUUAGCACACAUUUGUAAAUACAUGCCAUUUAAGUCAUUA